AUGUGGGAGUUCAUAUCAUAUUUGUUCUCAAUUCACUACCAAGUGACGUUGUCAUUUCCAAGUUUAGUUACUAUGGCUUUGAUGGUUGCUGGAGUAGUAUUUUUCUUCAUUAGAUAUAGAUAUUUAACUAGAUAUUCGGCCAACCCUAAUGCUAACAUAAUUGAGAAUGACGUUCAACAAGAUGAAAUAGCAGAUUCAAUAAUUAAGAAGAAGAGACGUAAUCAUAAUUCCAAUUCUAACUAUUUAGAUGAAUUCUUAAGUGCCAUCAAGAUCUUUGGAUAUUUGGAAAGACCGGUGUUCCAUGAAUUGACUAAGAACAUGACCACUCAAAAAUUGAGUUGGGAUGAGAUCUUAUAUCUUGAUGAAAAGUUGGGGUUUUCCAUUGUAGUGGAUGGUUGUAUCCAGGUUUUCAUUAAGAUAAAUGAUAACUACAACGAUAAUUCACAACUUCAAAAUUUGAAAGAUCUUGAAUUCGAUAGAGACGAGGUUUUGAUCAUUGGUAGUCAAAAGUAUCAAUUGUUAAAUGAAAUCAAAUCAGGUGUACCGUUAUCGACAUUGAAUAGUACGCUUGAUUUAUUCAACCCAGAAUCUUCCUUCCAGUCCAAUCCUGUUUCAUCGGCUUCUUCAUUAGAUUUGAAGGACGACCAACCAAUUUACCCCGAGAUCAUAGCAAGACCAAAAUUUUCCAAAAAUAAUCAUCAAGGUGCCACCAUUGCUAUCAUCCCCGGAUCUGCAUUCCAAAGAAUCCAAAUGAAAUAUCCUAAAGCUACUGCACAUAUUGUUACCAUGGUAAAGAAUCGAAUUUUCAAAGUCACUAUGAAUGUGGUUCAUAAUUAUAUGGGUUUAACCGAAGAAAUUUUGAGUUGUGAUACAAAAUUAAACUCAGAAAUUGAUUUUCAACUCCCCAAUCAUUUAAGACAAGGUUUAGUGGAGAAAUAUUUACCUGAUUUGGACUCCAAAAGUCCUGAACCAGAAGAUACAAUUUUGAGUUUAUCCAAAUCCAACACUUCUUUGACGAGUAAAAAAAUUCCCCUGUUAAAGAAUUUACAGCACCAAUCCAGUACCCGAAUUGUAUCUUUGAACUCCGUUGCUAAACCUAAUCAUCCAGGAGAUUUGAUUUCUUCAGUGCCUAUCUCCAGAAAGUCUUUAUUCAACUUAGACCAUUUUCAAACCACAGAUCCUUUCAAAGAACCAGUUUAUGGUAUUGAGGAAACCGAAGAGAGCUCUACAAAAAUAGCUAUUAUUGAAAACCUUUUCAAGAUUUUAGGUGUGGAUGAAGAUUCUUCAAUGUUUAAGGGUGUUUUAUCUUUAGGUAGUAUGAGUGAUGGUUCAUUAUCAAGUUCACCAUCAUACAUGGGACUUAACAAUGGCUUAAAUGGACUUGUAAACAACCCUACUACCUCAAAUGUUAAUUCCAUAAACAAGGGCCAAAUAUAUGAACAAUAUACCACCAGAGCUAGAUUUGAUUCUUUCUCCAGUGUUAGUUCGAGUCAAAGUCGUGCAGCCAGUCCCAAGAUUUAUAAUACUAUAAAUCAGAAACAGUUGAAUAUUUAUAACAGUUCUAGGGGUUCUAAUUUGGAGAAUAUCUUCGAAAUCAACCGUUCAAAGUCUAAUUCUAUAAGCAAAGGCGAACUCAUUGAUUUCAAUUUGAUCAAGCAAGAAUUCUCCAGAUUCCUCACCAUCAAGUACUUUGAACAAGGAGCUAUUGUUCUAGAUCAGGACUCAUUUAGUGGUGGAUUGUUUUAUGUCAUCAGUGGUUCAUUAGUAGAAGAAUAUACCAUUCAAAAGAAUGAAAAGAAAAUUGUCAGACAUUCCAAAUCCAUCAAGGAAGGGGGUGUUGCUGGUUACUUACCCACCAUAAUUGGAAUUAAGUCUUUGACUACCAUCAAAUCUGAAGGUGCUUUGUUAGCAUAUAUUAAAAAGGAUAGCUGGUCAAAGUUGAUGGACAAGUAUUAUCAAUUAGCUUUACCACUUGCUAUUAAAUGUAAGAAUUUAUUCUCCAAACAGUUGAACACCCUUGAUUUUGCUUUGGAAUAUUGUCCGAUCCAAGCUGGUGGUGUCUUAGCGGCAGAAGGUGACCAAGCCAAUGGAUUCCAUAUUAUUAUCAGUGGGAGAUUCAGAGUUAUAAAGAGUAAAGAUGAGAACGAUCCUAAAUCUCCAUUAACCAAAAAGCACCAGAAAAGUAAUGAUAAUUUCAUUGUUCUUGGGGAAUAUGGUCAUGGAGAAUCCAUUGGAGAGGUUGAAGUUCUAACUGCAUCCCGUAGAAACAAUUCUUUGAUAGCUAUCAGGGAUUCUGAAACUGCAAGAAUUCCAAGAACAUUGUUUGAAAUCUUAUCAUCUCAAAAUCCUUCGAUUAUGGUGAAAGUUUCUAGAAUUGUCGCCAAUAAAGUGGCUGCUACACUGAAUGACAUAAGACAAUUGGGUUAUUCUUCCACCAUUCCACCUACACCUACCAACAAUUCUACACCUUUCCAAUCUCCGUCAACUUAUAAUUCUGGUAAUUAUAAGACCAUCACCAUUUUACCCACAGUUUCUGGACUUCCAGUUAGAGAAUUUGCAACCAAAUUGUUAGAUUCAUUGAAAUUGAUUGGUAGAAAUGUUAUUGCCUUGGACCAAACAUCCAUUUUGAAUCAUUUGGGAAGACAUGCUUUUGAUGACAGUUUAGCCCAAUUGAAGUUGUCAGGAUAUUUUGCUGCCUUGGAAGAAGAAUAUGAAACCGUGUUGUACAUUUGUGACAGUACAGUCAAAUCUACAUGGACGUCUACUUGUAUUAGUCAGGGGGAUUGUAUUCUUCUUCUUGCCAAUGCUGAGGAUUAUGAUGUUGCUAUUUCACCAGGGGAUUAUGAAAAAUCUUUGGUAAAAUACCGAACCACAGCCAGAACUGAUUUAUGUUUGUUACACCCUGAAAAAAAUGUCCCUCAUGGAUCGACCAGUAUUUGGUUGAAGAAUAGAAGUUGGGUUCAAGGUCAUCAUCAUAUUCACUUAUCUGUAAGCAAUACAAUCAGAUCAGAAAGAUUGAAAAAGAAAUCUAUCAUUGGUGAUUUGGCAGCAAAAAUAUCCGAAAGUGCUAUCAAUAGUCAAUUAAGAACUAGAAUUGAAAAUGUCAGAUCAAGAUUGAACCCCAGUAGGAUCAGUCAAAGUACCAGAUCCUCAACAGAACAGGUUCAACCUUAUAAGAAUGAUUUCAUGAGAUUGGCCAGAUUAUUGUCAAAUGAAGCUGUGGGUUUGAUUCUAGGAGGUGGAGGAGCUAGAGGUAUUUCCCACCUUGGGGUAGUAACAGCUUUAGAAAGACAUGGAAUUCCUGUAGAUAUCAUUGGAGGAACUUCUAUUGGUGCUUUCGUGGGUGGAUUGUACGCUACAGAGUAUAAUUCUGUUUCCAUCUAUGGGAAAGUGAAAAAAUUCUCCAUCAGAAUUUCUUCCAUGUGGAGAUCAAUUUUAGAUUUGACCAUUCCUGUGACAUCUUAUUUGACAGGUUACGAGUUCAAUAGAGGUAUUUGGAAAUGUCUUGGGUUUGCUGAAAUUGAAGAUAGUUGGAUUAAAUUCUUUUGUAAUUCUACUAACAUCACCAACUCCACCAUGGACAUCCAUGAAACCGGUUACCUGUGGAGAUUUAUUAGGGCAUCAAUGUCUUUGGCUGGUUUAUUACCUCCUAUUACCUACAAUGGCUCCAUGCUUCUCGAUGGUGGAUAUCUUGAUAAUCUUCCUGUUUUGGAAAUGAAGAAAAGGGGUAUCAAAUACAUCAUUGCCGUAGAUGUUGGUGCUAUUGAUGAUAACAGUCCUAUGAAUUAUGGUGAUACUUUGUCAGGAAUGUGGGUAUUAAUCAAUAGAUGGAACCCAUUUUCUAAACAUGCUGAUAUCCCUAAUAUGAUGGAUAUUCAAUCAAGAUUGGCUUACGUUGCCAGUGUAAAUGCCCUUGAAGCAGCAAAGAAAACUCCAGGGGUUAAAUAUUUGAGACCUCCCAUUGAUGAUUAUGCUACACUUGACUUCAACAAGUUCGAACAAAUCUAUAAGGCAGGGUUGGAUUACGCAGAAGGUAUUAUUCAAGAAUGGGAACAAAAUGGAGAUUUGCCCGAAAUAGUUGAAAAAAUGUCUAAACAAAAAGAAUGUGGUACCAAGAGACCUUCUUUCUUUAGAAGGAAUUCUUUAUAG